AUGAAGGAAAAAAAUUCUUGCAUUGUAUAUUUUCAAUUGAUUCUUGCAUUUUUGUUGUUUUUUUCAUCUCUAGGAGUUGCUAAUGCCCAUGUAUCCCACGACACAGUUAGCAGUCUCACUGAUGCUGAAGCUCAUUACAUCAAGCAAAGGCAGCUGUUGUACUACAGAGAUGAGUUCGGUGAUAGAGGAGAGAAAGUGACGGUUGACCCUUCACUUGUCUUUGAGAAUCCAAGACUGAGAAAUGCAUACAUUGCAUUACAAGCUUUGAAACAAGCCAUUCUCUCAGAUCCCCAAAAUCUCACUGCGAAUUGGGUCGGAUCUGGUGUUUGUAACUAUACCGGAGUAUUCUGUGCUCCCGCACCAGACAACCCAUCUAUUCGUACAGUUGCUAGCAUUGAUCUUAACCAUGGUGACAUUGCUGGGUAUCUUCCGGAAGAACUUGGCUUACUCACAGAUCUGGGCGUUUUCCAUAUCAACUCCAACAGGUUUUGCGGUACGGUGCCCAAGAAAUUCAAAAACUUGAAGAUACUCUUUGAAUUGGACUUGAGCAAUAACAGGUUUGCUGGGAAAUUUCCUUAUGUUGUGCUAAGUUUGCCUAAGUUAAUCUAUUUAGAUAUACGUUAUAAUGAGUUUGAAGGAACUGUCCCUUCUGAACUAUUUGACAAACCCUUGGACGCUAUAUUCAUCAAUCACAACAGAUUUGCCUUUGAAUUGCCUGAUAAUUUCGGCAAUUCUCCGGUAUCUGUGAUUGUAUUGGCUAACAACAAGUUCCAUGGUUGUGUUCCUGCAAGUCUUGGUAACAUGAGCAAUUUGAAUGAGAUUAUACUGAUGAACAAUGGGUUGAGGUCAUGUUUACCACCGGAAAUUGGGCUUUUAAAGAAUUUGACAGUGUUAGAUGUGAGCUAUAAUCAGUUGAUGGGGCCAUUGCCUGAAAGUAUUGGAGGAAUGGUGAGUUUGGAGCAGUUAAAUGUGGCUCAUAAUAUGCUUUCGGGGAGUAUUCCACGGAGCAUAUGUCAAUUGCCAAGGCUUGAGAAUUUUACGUACUCUUAUAACUUCUUUACUGGUGAGCCUCCGGUGUGUUUGGCGCUGCCUGAGUUUCAUGAUCAACGGAAUUGCUUGCCGAAUAGGCCGGCACAGAGUGUCACCGGUUUAUUCCUACUUUUCCACCACUUUCGCCUCCGCCACCUGUUUACUCUCCUCCUCCACCACCUUCACCUCCCCCUCCUGUCUACUCUCCUCCCCCACCACCACCCGUUUAUUCGCCUCCUCCACCGGUUUAUUCCUACUUUUCCACCACUUUCGCCUCCGCCACCUGUUUACUCUCCUCCUCCACCACCUUCACCUCCCCCUCCUGUCUACUCUCCUCCCCCACCACCUCCACCACCUGUUUACUCACCACCUCCACCUCCUUCUCCACCACCACCCGUUUAUUCGCCUCCUCCCCCUCCUCCAUCUCCUCCGCCACCAUCACCUCCACCACCUGUUUACUCACCACCUCCACCUCCUCCUUCCCCUCCACCACCACCACCACCACCAUCUCCUAUUCCUUAUUGUGUACGCUCGCCACCACCACCUCCUCCAACUCCACAUUCCCCACCACCACCACAUUUUCACUCCCCGCCCCCAGCUCCUUACUAUUAUAACUCACCACCUCCUCCGUCGCCGCAGUCUCCACCACCACCACCUGUAUACAUCUAUUCAUCGCCACCUCCUCCACUAUACUCUCCACCUCCCCCAACUAAUUCACCUCCUCCUCCAGUGCACUCCCCACCUCCACCUUCACCGCCACCUUGUAUAGAACCACCUCCACCUCCACCUCCAUGUAUAGAACCCCCACCCCCCCCACCGCCAUGUGAAGAACACCCACCUCCACCACCGCCUUAUGUUCACAAGCCCCCACCAUCACCUUCACCUCCCCCUCCUUAUCACUACAACUCUCCACCCCCACCGUCAUCAUCUCCACCACCGCCUGUGUACCACCAUUCACCUCCCCCACCAUCACCACCACCAGCUCCAGUAUAUGAAGGGCCACUACCCCCUGUCUUUGGGGUUUCAUAUGCAUCUCCUCCUCCACCACCCUUCUAUUGA